UCCUGCACGUGUUUAGCUUAUGUUCUGCUUCCAAAGUCUCCAAGUGUCGUUGUCAAUUAAUUUUCCGAAACAUUGAGGGUAAUAAUGGGUAAAGCCAAGAAGAUCAAGGUGACCAAGGAUGUCAGGCCCGAUAAAAUCCCUUUGGGGGAUCAGAUCGAGGGCGAGAAGUCAGUGAAGAUGAAGAAUCGACAGAAAAUCAGAUUCCGCAGGGAUGAGGAUGAAGAGUUUGUGGACGCAAAUCUCUCGCAAAAAAUUCUCUCGCAAGCUCGAAAGCAGCAAUUGGAGCUCUCGUCAGAUUCCCCUUCGUCGUCUUCCAAAAAACCCGUGACAAAAUUAGGUCCAGAUUUGAGCGACGAUGAAGAUCCACCGAGUGAAGACGAGGUGACGAACCAGGACUACUAUGAAGACAUUGAGAUAAACGAAGAGGAUGAGAGAGCACUUCAGAUGUUCAUGGACAGAGAUCGAGCACCAACUCGCACCCUCGCUGAUAUAAUAAUGGAGAAACUCACAGAGAAGAAGACGGAGAUUAACACUCAAUUCUCAGACGUUGGAUCUCUCCAGAUGCAGGAGCUAGAUCCCAGGGUAAAGGCUAUGUACGAGGGUGUGAGGGAUGUUCUGGUUAAAUACCGAAGUGGAAAACUGCCUAAGGCCUUCAAGAUCAUCCCAAGCCUCAGGAAUUGGGAGCAGAUACUCUACAUCACUGAUCCCCCCAGGUGGUCAGCAGCUGCUAUGUACCAGGCAACGAGAAUAUUUGCUUCCAAUCUCAAAGAGAAAAUGGCUCAGAGGUUUUACAACCUAGUUCUCCUCCCCAGGAUCAGGGACGAUCUCGCAGAGUACAAAAGACUGAAUUUUCAUUUGUAUCAGGCCCUCAGGAAGGCCCUCUUCAAGCCUGGGGGAUUCAUGAAGGGCAUUCUACUGCCUCUUCUUGAAUCUGGCACCUGCACCCUCAGGGAGGCCGUCAUUGUGGGAUCGGUUGUUGCUAAAAAUUCGAUUCCUAUUCUGCAUUCUUCAGCUGCUAUUCUCAAAAUCGCCGAGAUGGAGUACACCGGGGCCAACAGCAUCUUCUUGAGGAUUUUCUUUGAUAAGAAAUAUGCGUUGCCGUAUAGAGUCGUUGAUGGAGUGGUUUUUCAUUUUUUGAGGUUCGAGAGGGAGACCAGGGAACUUCCUGUUCUGUGGCAUCAGGCUUUUUUGACUUUUGUUCAGAGGUACAAGGGGGAUAUCAGCUCGGAGCAGAAGGAGGCUUUGCUUGAGGUCUUGAAGAAGCAAAAUCAUCAUUCUAUUACACCGGAGAUCAGGAGGGAACUCAUGCAUGCCAAAUGCAGGGAUGUCGAAGGAGUUGAAACCAUUCCUGAACCCAUGAAUUUGUGAGACGAAUAUUUUGAGGAAAUUUUGGUGUAGUUAUCAGAUAUAUGUGAAUAAAGCUGUUGCCUUUUUUUUUCAA